AUGUUUAUUUUUCUUCUCUUUUUUUUCAAGAUCCAGUCUUGCGAAGUUAUUUCUGUCAUUCCAAUUUCAUAUUCAUCUUCCUCCAAUGGAGACACCUGUUAUAUAAUACCAAAUACAUCACUUCUUUUGAUCACAAGAAAUUCCUCAUUAACUUACAACAAUCAUACAACUCCGGUCCUUCAGCUUGAUCUUUCCAAUUCCAAAACUACACAAACGUUCAUUUGGCAUCACACAAACAAUUCAGUAUUACACAUCCAACACCCAACAGACAACACUUACCAAACACCAAUUCCUCUUUCAAACCCUUAUUCCUCAAAACCAUCAACCCUAUUUCAAAGCCAUUUUGGGUCGUUCUUCAGUUUUUCGGGAACUUCCGUCGUGCGGAUAACGGCCUCUGCACUUUUGACACAAAAAUCAAAACGAGUUCCUGCCACUAUUUUCACUUUUGAGAAUGACACAAUCGACGAAAUUCAAAUUGGGGAGGUCGUCGUCUCAGUGACAGGGCAGAUUACCUUUUUUGUCGGGACGAAAGAGAAAGAGACGAUCAUUGGUGUGUACGUUUUUACUGCUGGUAGUUUUGGAGGGGAAUCUUGCGAGACAGCGACCCUUUUAGGGUUUCCAAUAAGUCUGGUCGAUUUCAAGAAAAACACAAAGAGCGGCGUUUGGUUUAAGUUUUUCGGGAAAAAAGGUGGGAAUGUUACUGUAGAAACGUGUGGGGAGGAAAGUCAGUUUGACACGUCGAUCAAAGUGUAUGACACGUGCCAGACGGAAAAGGCCUCUGAAGUGAUUGGCUAUUCCGAUGAUUUUUGUGGGGAACAGGGAAGUCUCAACUUUGUGAGUGAAGAAAGUGAUUAUUUCGUUUUAGUGAGCCACGGUGCAAAGCAAUUGAUAUUGAUGGAAC